AUGCAGUUGCAAGACUUGGUAGUUACUGUUUCCUUGCUCGCAGCCUUCAAUGGAGGUGUUGAAGCUUGGUCCCCAACCAACAGUUAUGUGCCGGCAAAUGUUACAUGCCCAAAUGAUAUAAAUUUAUUAAGAAAUGCUACUGGUCUUUCUCAAUCAGAAAUUGAUUGGUUGAAAAAGAGAGAUGUGAACACUAGAGAAGCUCUAGAAAGUUUCUUGAAGCGUGUAACUAGUAAUUUCACAUCAAACUCUUCCGCUUCCAACCUAAUAGAUCAAUUAUUUAGCACUAAUUCAUCCAACAUACCAAAAAUUGGUAUUGCGGCUUCUGGUGGUGGUUAUCGUGCCAUGUUGUCCGGCGCUGGUAUGGUUUCAGCUAUGGACAACAGAACUGAUGGUGCUAAUGAGCACGGUCUAGGUGGCUUAUUACAAGCUGCCACAUAUCUGGCAGGUCUAUCCGGUGGUAAUUGGUUAACUACAACCCUAUCAUGGAAUAAUUGGACCUCAGUUCAGGACAUUGUCGACUCUCAAGAUAACGACAGUGCUAUCUGGGAUAUCUCACACUCCAUUGUCUCACCAGGUGGUAUCAAUAUUUUCAAGACCGGUUCAAGAUGGGACCACAUCUCUGAUGCUGUCGAAGAUAAGCAGAAGGCUGGGUUCAACGUCUCAUUAGCUGAUGUUUGGGGCCGUGCUCUUUCAUACCAAUUCUUCCCAACCUUGUACCGUGGUGGUGUAGCUUAUUUGUGGUCUGAUCUAAGAGAGUCUGAUGUAUUCAAAAACGCUGAAAUGCCUAUGCCAAUCUCAGUUGCUGACGGUAGAUAUCCAGGUACAGCAGUCAUAGAUCUUAACUCUACCGUUUUUGAGUAUAGUCCUUUCGAAUUGGGCUCUUGGGAUCCUUCAUUGAGCGCUUUUACUGAUGUUCAGUAUCUAGGGACCAAAGUUUCUGAUGGUAAACCUGCUGAAGAAGGUAAAUGUAUUGCAGGCUUUGAUAACGUAGGCUUCUUGAUGGGUACAUCCUCUACUUUGUUCAACCAGUUUUUAUUGAGAAUCAAUGAUACUAGCAUUCCAAAGUUUAUUCGUAACUUAGCCACACAUUUCUUAAAGGAUCUAUCAGAAGACUACGAUGAUAUUGCCGUCUAUGCACCAAACCCUUUCAGAGACGCAGAUUAUGUUAACAACAAUAGAUCGAAGAGUCUGUCUGAAUCUGAAUAUCUAUUUUUGGUUGAUGGUGGUGAAGAUGGUCAGAACGUGCCACUAGUCCCAUUAAUUCAGCAAGAACGUGAUUUAGACAUCGUUUUUGCAUUGGAUAACUCAGCAGAUACAGAGGAGAAUUGGCCAGAUGGUGCAUCCUUGAUGCACACUUACAGACGUCAAUUUGGUUUCCAAGGACAAGGUGUUACGUUCCCAUCUGUUCCAGGUACAGAUACAUUUGUUAACCUGGGUUUGAACAAGAAACCAACAUUUUUCGGUUGUGAUGCUCGUAACAUGACUGAUUUGGAAUAUAUUCCUCCUUUAAUUGUCUAUAUUCCAAAUUCUAGACAUUCUUACAAUGGUAACACAUCUACCUUCAAGCUUUCCUAUUCCGAAAAAGAGCGUUUGGGUGUUAUCCGUAAUGGUUUCGAAGCUGCUACUAUGAAUAACCUGACUGCAGACAGCAACUUUGCUGGCUGCAUCGGUUGUGCAAUCAUGAGACGUAAGCAACAAGCUUUGAACUUGACUUUACCAAAGGAAUGUGAGACUUGUUUCACUAACUACUGUUGGAACGGUACUAUCGACAACACCCCUGCUAAAGGCGUUACUGCAUCAAACGAUUUUGACAAUGCUUCUGGAUCUGCUGCAGCUGAUAUGGCUGAGCAAGAUGCCAGUGGAGCUGCAUCGGCAUCUUCCAGUUCCAGAAAAAAGAAUGCCGCUGUUAGUGUUGAUGUAAAUGCCAAGACAUUAUUCGCAAUUAUAACUGCAAUGACUGCUGUUUUCCAAUUGAUCUAA